GGCGGGCUUACGUGCUCGUCGUCUGAAACAGUUCGUCUAUUGGCGGCAGGUUGUUGUACAUUGCAAAAACUAAAACACUGAGUGCCAACAACGUCGCUGUUUCCCUUACUUUUGGAAUCAUGUGGGCGGCCAUGUCGUGGACCAUCGCAAGGACCAGCCUCGUCCCAAUGGACUGCUGCCAAGGCAUCUGCAGGAGGAGGAGCAGAGCAGCAACAUUGUAGUAGAGAAUGUGAGGUCGGCCAAGGAAAAAAAGAGGUCUGUGUUUUUCUUUUUUGCAGAGAGUGAAAAGCAGGAAUCGCAACAGCAGAGGGAAUUGCACCACUCAAAGAGGCAUAUCCAUAGUAGUAUGCUCAGUUUUUGGAAUUGUUUUCUUGCUGUGACAGUUUCCGCAGGUUGCGGGAAAAGAACAUCUCACUGCAAACGUGUGGUAGAGAUCGGAGAGCAGCUUUCAAGACCGCGCCUUUGCCCCUUGUGUUCCGCUCCCUGCCAUUGCAAUACUUUACGUGCUUCUUCUUCUUCUUCUUCUUCUUCUUCUUCUUCUUCUUCUUCUUCUUUCUUCUUCUUCUUCUUCAGCCCGUUAAUGACACAGGAAAGUCAGUAUUGCAUAAGUGUCCCUGAUGUCUCAUUAUGUUUGCCGGCAGAUUGGUGGACCUCCUAACUAUAAGUUGAAUUACUAAAUUGUUGAAAUGAAAUGUUUUGGUCAAUUUGCUCAAACCACCACCACUACCUCCGAGACUCUUUUUGCCGAGGCGGAGUAGAGCUGUGCGCUGAGCUUUGCCAAAGCGCAGCAGCGCAACCUUUUUCCGUCCAUUUUUGCUGGCGCCGCCAGCCAUUUGAUCCGGUGGCGCCCAGCCUCCGAAGAAUGCGGUAUAGGUUAUAUUUGCAGCUUAGCCUUUGCCUCUCAAAGGUAGUGGUGGCUUAAGGAACAAUAACUAAGAAUUUUUGGGCCAGCUUCGUAUCCGCCCACCCACUUUUUCUCCGGACAUUGUUGGUAUCCUGGCUGUGAAGUUUUACAUCUAACUGCCCAAAAUGUUGCGGCGUUUUGUGGCUCGGUCAAUAGAAUUAACCAAGAAAGCGCUCUCCCCUGACAUGAUUUACCCGCCUUCAGAGCGAGAACUGUUUCGGUUUGCCUCGGAAUCAGAUUUGCGGCGGUGGGUCGUGUACUCCGAUUCACAGUACGGAGGUCAGACGGAGGCUUCUUUGUCGCUGAACGUGGAUGGCAGGAACACCACCGGGGUGUUUGCGGGCCAUCUGUCUACCGAAAUAAGCGAAGGUAAAGGAGGAAGUCUUGCAAGAGCCACCAGACUGAAGAGAAGUGGUUUUACAGGGGUGCGAACGGCUGAUGGAGAAGGGGUGAUGGAUCUUGAGCCAUUCAAUACGAUCGCGAUGAGGAUUCACGGAGAUGGGAGGUGGUACAUCUGCAGUUUGCGCACUGACUCCUGGGUUAACACCCCUGGCACUGGGCAGUAUAAUACGUGGCAGGCGUACAUUAUUGCGCCCAAAGAUCGGUGGGCGGUAGUUAAGGUUCCUUUGGAUCGGUACAUGCUGACAUGGCGGGGGAAGUUUCUGAAGACAGGCAUGGAGAUGAACCCGGCUCGGGUCGUUGGGAUGGGCUGGUCCUUGGCAGCAAAUGGCGGUCCCGGAGAAGGUGUUUCUGGCCCAGGCCCUUUCAGACUGGAGCUGGAUUGGGUGCAAGGCCUGCGAGAGUGAGUGAGUGAGUUCACUCGCUAUCUCUCCACCACUCCUUUCACUUCUCUCCUCUCUCUUUGAUGUGAAACAACAACUUUGGUUUAGGGUUUUGUAGGUCUCCUUCACAGAUUAGUUUGUCUUUCUAGUUUCCACUAGCCGCACUCCCAACUUUUCAUUACAACAUAAAUUGGAGACGUUCGCUGUUGUGUCGUCCUUGCAGGGGGCUAUGCUGAUCUUCUGUGUAUCGUUCCAAUUUUGACGGAAUGCUUGAAGGACGGCAACUGUUGUAUUGCACAAUUUGUCAGUGAGUGAAAAAAAAAAAAAAAAACGCACGAUAACUUAGAUGGCGAAUGUUGUAUUGUACUAUUCGUUAGUGAGUGAAACAAAACGUACAAUAACUU